CGGACUCAAGCAGAUCAGCUCAUUAUCAGCUUACAAUACGGUGACAGUCACAGAGUUUACAAAUUUAGUGGCACAAUAUCAGUAAUACAUAGGACAUCUGCAGAGGAGUCCAGUGGAGUUACAAGCCAUGGCACUAGUGGAGAUUAUGCGACUGUGGAGUGAAGGGGUUGCUGCUGCGGAAAAUGAUGAUUGGAAUGGUGCUCUGAAAUCAUUCAAUUCCAUCACAGACCCUCGAUCCAAGAUCUGCUUCAACAUUGGCUGCUGCCACCUUGUCCUGGGAGACUUAGUGAAGGCAGAAGAGGCCUUUACAUUAACCAUAGAGAGAGACAAGCAUUUGGCUGUGGGAUAUUUCCAACGUGGCUAUGUCUACUUCCAGAGGGGCAAGUACAACUUAGCACAGCAGGACUGGUCCCGUGCCUACACAGAGAUGCGUGGGAAUCAGCUGAUUGACUACAAGAUCCUGGGAAUGCUUUUUAAACUGUACAGUUGUGAGAUCCUGUAUAACAUUGCUCUAGCAUAUUCUAAAGAAGGGAACUGGGCAAAGGCUGAAGAGAACAUGCUACUUGCACUCAGUCAGAAGGUGGAACCAAGACACAGUACCAAGCUUGAAAAAGCAAUGGAGGACAUCUUAAAAGAGAAGGUUUUUGCAGCAGUAAAGAUACCAAAAGGGAGGAUUUUCCAACCCAAUGAGAAGCUGGUAGAACAGCUGGAGAAAAAGGAUUACUUGGGCAAAGCUUUGGUUGUGGCAUCUGUGGUUGAUAAAGAUAGCUUCUCCGGGUUUGCCCCUCUGCAACCCCAGGCAAACAACCCUCCUUCUCGUCCAAAGACCCCUGAAAUUUUAAGGACAUUACAGGGGGAACCACACCGUGUCCUGUUUGAGUUUAACCCAGAGACAGCAGAAGAAAUGCAGGUCCUGCCAGGAAAUAUUGUUUUUGUGCUGAAGAAAGGGGAUGAUAACUGGGCCACUGUUGUCUUCAAUGGAAAGAAAGGGAUUGUACCCUGCAAUUAUUUGGAGCCCGUAGAACUGCGCUUCCAGUCCACUCAGCAGGCUGGGGAUCAAUCAGAGGAGCACAACUCCCCAAAAAAAUCACCCCAGAAAUUAGAUGUUCCAGCACCACCAUCCGCUGCUCCUCCACAACUGCAGAAAAACACAAAAGAUCAACAAGAUAUCUCCGUAAGGUCCAAGGAGACGCUACAGGAAACAGCGGCUGUAGCGUCCUACCUUGUUAAAGUUUACUAUAAAUACACAGUGGCAAUACAGAUCUCCAGAAAACUUGCAUAUGCGGAUCUCCUGACAAUAAUAAGCAGUAAACUUCAGCUUCUGCCCUCAACGAUAAAACUUAGUUACAAGAAAGAUGAAACCGAUGUAUUAUUGAAUGAAGAGAACACAGAGAAAGCAUGGAGUCUAGCCACGGACAACUGCUUAAGACUAAAGUGUACGGAAGUCCAGGUUGAGGAAACCGUUACCGUUACCAAAGUAGAGGCGUUAGAGGCGAAGCAGCAAAGUCCAGCUAUUGACAAGGCUGAAACAUACGUCACGGCUUUAUUUGACUACGAAGCUUCACAACCAGAAGAUCUGCCUUUUCACAAAGGGGAUGUAAUCAAAAUAUUAUCUCAUGUGUCUGAGGACUGGUGGGAAGGAGAAUGUCAGGGGAAAGUGGGAAUCUUCCCCAGAGUCUUCGUGGAGGACAAGCCAAAGGAGAUGAAUGAAUCUAGUCCCUUAGUUAGUUAAUCAACUGAAACACUAUAAUGCACAUGGAAAACUGGAGAGAAGAGGGUUAAUGAAUUGUGUAUACACUUUACAAACAGUGAACUCACCUUUUUUUUUGUUUGUUUUAAUUAGUAAAUACUGCAAUAAACUCUCAUUUUAUGGCUAUGCACCACAUAUAAUUGCCAAUUGGUAUAUACCUAUAUAUGCUAUAUAAAACUUGUAGAAAUUGUUUCAUAAAUCUUUUCUGUAUAUAAGGAUAGGGGACAUUGCAAAGGGAUGAAAAAAUAAAAACUUCAGUUAAAGUCAUGUGGCGAUUUCAGAAAGAACCCUAGUUUGUAAUCAUAAGAAAAGUGUGGCAAAUCUGCAAGUCCCACAUUAGCAUAUUUCAAUUACGGCUAGGGAGGGUUAAAGAGAACCACAUUUGUAGGAUUCUGUUUGGCCAGGAAUCCUGCUGCAACAGGUAAAAUCCUGGCCAAAUCCCAAACCAAAUCCUGUAUUUGGUGCACCCCUUAAGAAAAGGCAAAAAUAAUCCACUUGAAUUACAUGUAACUGUGAUGCGUCAAAAUACUUGACUUAAGAACUAUGGUAUUUAAUCAUAUUCCUUAAUUUAAAGGGAGGUCACUGAACCCAUCUAAAAACAAAUCCUCUUGAAGGCUACAAAUGUAUGGUUAUUGAUACUUUUUUUUUUUUUUUACCCAUCUUUCUAUUCAUGUGGACCAUAGCAACCAUUGCAGAAAGUGCACACUGGAGAGCUGGCGAAUAACUCAAAAACUACAAAAACACCAAUUGCAAAUUGUCUCCGAAUAUCCCCAACCAGUGGCUCAUGAGCAACAUGUUGCUCACCAACCCAUUGGAUGUUGCUUCCAGUGGCCUCAAAGCAAAACCAAGCUUUGGUUGUAUAAAAAUCAGGUGUACUGCCAAACAGAGCCUCCUGUAGGCUGCCAGUCCACAUAGGGGCUACCAAAUGGCCAAUCACUGCCCUUAUUUAGCACCCCCAGGAAAAUGUCAUGCUCGUGUUGCUCCCCAACUCUUCUUACAUUUGAAUGUGGCUCAAGGCUAAAAAAAGGUUGGGGCCCCCUGCUCUACAUCAUACCAAAAGUUAAUUUAAAGGUGAAAAACCCCUUUAAACAAGGUUAGAGUUACAAAUGGAAUGUUUCUGGAUCAGCUCAUAACAAUGACUCCAGUGGGUUUAGAGUCUUCCUUUUCAUAACUAAAAGGUUUAGAUUACGGGUUUGGGAAGGUCCACAUUAUCUGUGUAUUUGGAAGUGCUUGGAAAAAGAUGUUUACAAACUUUUCUUAAUAAAGGUAACAUUUUUAAAUGCC